AUGAAGAGAAUAAAGGCUGCAAAGGGAGACGAAUUGCCUGGAAUUAAAUUUUAUACUAUGCUUUCCAAGAGUUCAGUAGACUACGAAACGUUCAGGAAGUGUGCAGAAAGAAGAAUAGAAAUUCUGAAGCGCGAAGAAGUAAAUCCUUCGGUUUCCAGAUGCUUUGAGAUGGACACGGAAGAUGAUACUCUCUCCCACUUUUUCUGUAGAAUGGUGUGUUCUCAAGAUCCGUGGGCAGCUACUUGGUUUGUAAAUGCAGAAGUGAAUUUACUGCGGUUAAGAAUGGCCAAAAAUCCGGAGGGUGCAAAGGAGUUUUUCCUUACAGAGGUGUUGCCUUACAUGGAUGGAGCCGAGAUUCGGAAUGGGGUCUUGGUGCUUGGAAUGAAAGCAAAAUACAAUCCAGAUUGUGCAAUUGGGAUGAUGAGCUCUGAGGUUCUCGUCCACUUUACAAAGGUGAUUGAUAUGGUUGGAAGAAGAAUAGUUAUACCUGAGGGAGGAUAUCUCAAGCUGAAUGACGAGGGGAUCCGAUCACUACUUGGUAAUGAGUUCAGAAGGUACUUGGAAGGAAAGAUGAAUGAGCUGGUGGAGAUGUUUUUAAGAAAUCCAGACGAAAGGAUGAAAAGCCUUGCCACAAAAUUACUUCUGAAUCCUACAACAUGUGAGAAGAACACUGUGUUUUCAUUAGAGGACGCCGAGAAAUACUUUCCGCUAUGUAUUAAGGCCAUAAUGCAAAGGCUGAGAAAGAAUAGACAUCUUAAAUACAACGACAGACAAACAUUAUGUCUCUUCCUAAAGGACUGUGGCAUGAGUGUUGAAGAUGGAAUAGAUUUUUUUCGAAGAUCGUUCAAGGCAGGAAAAGAAGUCUUUGAUAAAGAAUAUCUAUAUUCAAUUAGGCACAACUAUGGUCUUGAAGGAAAAAGGGCGAACUACACCUGCUUCACCUGCUCGAAGAUAGCAAACACAACGAAUGAGGAGAGAAAAAGCAAUUGUCCUUUUGUUGAGGACGGGGAGUAUCUUCGGAGUCAGAUUGAAGGAUUAGAGGUUGAUAUUGAAGAUAUAAUGGGUGUGGGAACUUUUAGCGGGAGAUGCACAAGGUUUCUUGAAAAGUUGGUCCAACGGAAACAAGACAAGUUGGUUGUAACUCCUAUUAGAUAUUAUAUUGAAUGUAGAAGUAUUGAUAGAAAUGAUGGGGAAGACAGCCCGAGAGAUUCAAGAGAUAUUGUAAAAAGCCCUAACAAAUGA